CUUUAACCACUAUGCUAUCGCGCCAGGCCCUAGAUCAGAGUUUAUUACCAGGGAAGACCACGGGGCCGCAGGGGGUUACUUCCAGGUGCAGGACCGCUCAGUACAGCUCACUUGUUGGUGAGGAAUCAGGUAGUGGGCAGCCGAGUGUGGGGGAUCCUCCCUGCUUGGGGCUGGGGCACAGCCCAGGAAGCUGCAGAGCUGGCAGCUUUGGAUGACCUUCCCAGCUCCUCCAGACAGCCCUGUCCCUCAGCCCAGGUCACGGCCUCCACGGGGGAGUGUGCCUGUGUCGGGGGUGGGGCACACUUUCCAGGAGAAAGCCCGGGCUAGCCUCGCUGUGCUGCUCUGGGGCUCUUGGGAACCUAACCUCACUUCAGAGUUUUAGAAAAACUGUGUUAGGGAAGAUGGAGAAACAAAGGAGAGGAAAUGGCAUGCUGUAACUCUGACAGCAGAGCCAUUUUCUCACAAAACAGAACUUCAGUGAUGCGUGUAACGUCUUGGCAGGGUCCGCUCCCCAGCCCAGGCCCCAGGAAGCUCCUCUGGAGCUGGGCCGCCCUCGCUCCGGCCCUGCUGCAGGACUCUUAUUCUGACAGGCCUGCCUCUCCAGUCCCGGCAGUUUCUCUGCCAAGUUUAUGAGGCCCAGGGCUUUCUUGUGGGAGGACGCUGGGCUGUCUUCCUGCGUUUUGGCAAUGAUUAAAGUGAGGAACAAGUCCACUGCCAACGGGGACUGCCGGAAAGACCUGCGGGAGCGGAGCCGCAGCCCCAUCGAGCGCGCCGUGGCUCCUGCCGUGAGCCUGCACGGCGGCCACCUGUACACGUCCCUUCCCAGCCUCAGCAUGGAGCAGCCCCUCGCGCUGACCAAGAGCAGCGUGGACACCGGCAGGUCAGCCGGUCUCUCGCCCACCCUGACACCCGUAGAGCGGCAGCAGAACCGGCCCUCAGUCAUCACCUGCGCCUCCGCCGGCGCCCGCAACUGCAACCUCUCACACUGCCCCAUCGCACAUAGCGGCUGUGCCGCACCCGGACCCGCCAGCUACCGGAGGCCACCCAGCGCGGCAGCCUCCUGUGACCCCGUGGUGGAAGAGCACUUCCGUAGGAGCCUGGGCAAGAACUACAAGGAGCCCGAGCCGGCGCCCAACUCGGUGUCCAUCACGGGCUCCGUGGAUGACCACUUUGCCAAAGCUCUGGGUGACACGUGGCUCCAGAUCAAAGCGGCCAAGGAUGGCGCGUCCAGCAGCCCCGAGUCAGCCUCACGCAGGGGCCAGCCCGCCAGCCCCUCCACCCAUAUGGUCAGCCACAGCCACUCCCCCUCGGUGGUCUCCUGAAGGGGGUGCCUCCUUCCAGCCACGGGCGGGUCUGCAUGGUUUGCCUGAGCUUCGAACAGUCAGUGCUUAGAAAAACAGGGGGAGAUGGGGUGGGGGGAGUGGGAUGGUUUAUUCGCAAAAUCCGUGUUGCUGGGACAACUGUUCUGUACUUGCUUGGCAUUUGUGCGCGGGGCCCUCGGACAUGACAGCAGGAGCGACACGGAGCGUCUGUCCUCCUGCCCCAGCUACCAAAGAAACCUCUAAGGCAGGCUGCCACGCCGCAGCGCCCGCGGAGCCCUUCAUCUGUGCGCCCUUGCUUCCUAAACCCAGGGUGUACGUGUGCGUGUCGUGUCUGAUUUGCACUACUGGAGGACAGAGUUGCCUACCCACUUAAGGUGACCGAGGACAGCGUGUGGUGUGCAGAACGGUGGUGUCUUGUAGGUUGCGGGUCUUCCUUUGCGUGGAUGUUGGGCGUGGGCGCUGGCCUGCACACUAUGACCCUACAUGCUCUUCCUAGGCCAUGCUGAGGCCAGGCCUGGGCCUUGGGGUGGCCGCACCCUUGGGGUGUGGUGUGUACAGUCAGUGAACAGACCCCGCACUCGCUAGCUUCCCUCGAGCUAGUCUGUUUCUGUCAGUUACAGUCCUAGGUAUACUUACUGCUGGUACAGUUGUACUGAGAUUUGUAUGCGUUACUCAGUUACUCUGGGGCGCCCUCCGCCGCCCCAUCCCCCGCUCGCUGCAGGCCCGGCUCCUGGGGCUUUCCGUCUUCCACCCCCCAAACCCAGGCCACUCCUGGGUGACCACCCCACAGCGGAUGCCCGGGCCGAGGCCAUGAACAUUCCUGACUUCAUCCAGUUAUUGCUGUGUGCAUUACCGUUUGCUGAACUAAUAGCUACUAACGAGAAACGAGGUGCCGGAGGCAAGGCGCCACCUGCUCCCUCGCGGUCGUCCCGCUCCCAGCUGACCUGGUGAGGCAGACGGGGCCACAGCACCCUUGCAGCUCCGGAGACCAGAAAUGCGGGGGUCCUUGGUGAAUUGUGGACGAAGGUCCCGCCUGCGGGGGAGGGGGCUGAGCUCUCGCUGCGGUCGCAGGGCGCCUGCAGCCUUCCCAAGGCGAGCCCCCGGCCCGGGCCAUCGCUCUGCCCUGCUGGGCCUCCCGGCCCCGGCCCGCGUUCUCUGUAGAACCUUUUUUAUAUAGGUAACUUUAAGACCAUCAUUACGCUGCGCGUAAAGAAUGUACAGGGACAUUUGUAGGUAUUUUUGAAGAACAAUUAAUUUGUUAAUGAUAUGUAGCUAUUUAAUUUUCCCCUUUCCUAUUGUAAUCAUUUUUUUGUUGUUUGGAAAAAAAAGUUGAUCUUUUUUUUUGCCGUAGAUUUCUGUCCGAGUGCGUGAGCACAGUUAUCGGAGAACACUGCGUCUGCACCUAGCCACUAGUUUGUUACUGCUGCAGGCUACUGAGCGCCCGCGGGAGCGCGCGCUGACCUAGCUGGGAUAGGCAGUGCCCAGGAGGGUGGUGGGAGAGCGGGCACCACGGCCUUGGGAGGGCCCAGGAGGCGCCGCCCCUGCCCUGUCUGUAAAUCUGUAAUAUACCAUUCUCUGUGGCCUGUUUUUCCUGGAAAAAG